UAGUGUUCAUGCGCUGUUUUACCAGUCUCUCACAUGACAGCGGUGUUUUCUUUCUGCGGUUACGAGAAACUAAACAAAAUCUGACCAGCGGCAUUUAACCGAGGAACAAUUAACGCAAAACAACAAUACUAGCGUGCGUAUUACACGGCAAAAAUAUCAAAAUACCGUUUUAUAGCUGCGUGCACGCGAUUUGAAUAACCUUCCGUCUGGUGGUUUCUGUCGACUGUGUUUUGAUUCACUUUGGCAAGAAACAUGAUCCUUAUCAUCCGCAAACAAAACCUGCCCGCCGGAGCGAUAUUUAGCCUGCUGUUGGCUGUAUCCAUACAACAGUGUUUCACCAAUGAUGUUUCCCAUACUGUGGCUGCUCCCGAAACCAGCCCUCCUCCAACCACUCCAGCAACCCCUGGCCCUCCUGAGCGGGGCAACUUCAAUAUCACCAAUAGCACUGGCGCUGUCUGUCUCUUGGCACGAAUGGGUCUGCAGCUCAACAUAAGUUUUGACUCUCAUGGAAAGACUGUUCAGGAGGUCUUGAACCUGCAUCCCAACAUGACUAAAACAAAUGGAUCCUGUGAGCCAGACAAUGCAAAGCUCAUUCUCACUGAGAACAACAUUACUCUGACCUUCAUUUUCUCUUUGAAUUCUACAUCCAAGAAGUACCAUCUUAGUGGUCUGGUGCUGUUAGCUGCGUUACCGGACAUGUCCAAGCCUCUUUCUGUGAGUAACACCAGUCUGAACUACUUGGUGGGAACACUGGGCCACUCCUAUAUGUGCCGGAAGGAACAGACCUUAAACGUUACGCAAGAUUUCUCGCUCAAUACCUUCCACCUACAAGUGCAACCUUUUGGCGUCAAUGGAGAUUUUGGAUCAGCUGAGGUGUGUGCGCUAGAUGAAGAUGAUAUGCUGAUUCCCAUCAUUGUGGGCGUUGCUUUGGCUGCUCUAGUGCUCAUAGUGAUCAUGGCCUACCUCAUUGGCAGAAACAGAAGCCAUGCUGGCUACCAGACCAUCUAAACCCGCUCAUGUCAGUUUUAAGCUAGGAUGUGCAGGCACCACCAAUUUUUGCUCUAAGCUGGACUGAACCCCAUACUACAAAUACAAUUCUAGCACUAAAACUACAAGUUAACCUGCCCUGCCCCCUGCUGGUGUCUCACUGCCAUUGCUAAGUUGGACCUGCAUUUCCUGGACUUGUAUUAUGUUAUGUUUGGAGAAUAUAAUAUAAAAUAAUACAUUCAUACUUGCUUAAGAUGCAGGACAUAUUCUAAGGUGGGUUUAAGAUAUGGAUAAUAUGGGUUUUGAAAAAACAUACACAUCUGUAUCUGGUACCUCAUAUGCUUGAAUUUAAGGUCAUGUAUUUAUUACAUAUGUUGUAAAAGGGACUACAUAUUUAAAACUUCUUCUCCUCCAACUACUUUUUGUCAUCUGAGGUAUCACUGUUUUGAUGAAAGUGCACAUUUGGAGAAAACAGAAAGAUCAAAUUUUGAGAUUAACCACAUUGGGAAAAUUGCUUGUUGUUAACUAAUUACUUUUUUGAGUCUAAUGUUAAAAUGUUUCAAAAGGAAUUUCAAAUUUACAGAUGUCAAGGGAAUGUCCAGAAAAAAGGGAAUGUACAUAGCUUAGAUAACCCUUUAAUACCUUCUAAGAGUUCAAUUUCUCCCACAUUGCAUAUAAUAGAUGUGAAAAGUGUGUACUCUGCUUGCUUCUACCGAGCAUUCAUUGAAUUUGCACACAUUCAGAAUAUUUAAAAGCUGACAUUUUUGGUUUUGCACUUCUUGGAUGAAAAUGGUACGAUUUACAUUAACUGUUGUUAAAAUAUUGUAGACCCCUGGUAAAAUGGAAAACUGUUACAAAUGCUACAAACACAAAUUGCACUGAAUGCUUUAAAUGCCUAUACAAAUAUGGAUGGUAUAUGGAGUGGCCUUUAGAUGAGAUGACUGCAUGAAUGGAGUUGAUGCGGAAGUUUUGCCUUUGAUUGCUGUAACUUUCAUAUUGUUUUACGGGAAUGCAAGUUUCUAAAUAAAAAAUAAAAACCG